AAAUAAAAUGCUACAGAGUUAGCUGGCGGUGAACAGCACUGCUAGCUGGCUAAUGCAAAGCAUAGUCGAGCAUCAAGCAAAUUUGUAGGUUGAUUAGUAACAAUAGAAAAUAGGCAAGCUAGAAAACGUUCGUUGUAGCAGAGGUUGUAGUAGAUAGUCACUCGUUAUGGAUGUGCACAUCUAACCAGCUGGCUAAUUUCAUAUAUUUCUAUCUGGCGAUUGUUAACGUAUGACAUCUGUCAGAACAUGAUUUGACAUUACAGCAUCAAUAGUGGAGCUUGCAGUGAUUGGCAGGCCUGGCUGCUGUCCUACUCCGGCUGUCACAUGUGACGAAAUCAGAAAGGAAGAAAGGCACAAACAGGUCAAGGAUUUUACAAUUCUGCCUGAUACGGAAUUUUACACUGUGGCUGAAAUGACGGCACCAUCCUAAUACUGACAAUGAAAAAGCAGUCGCAAACAAGGAUAUGAUUUUGGCAUGAAAUGGACCAGUGGCUUAUUUAGCCAGAGAUGACUGUUUGAUAUCAUCGCUAUUGCCCCAGAAACAAAGGCAGGUGUUGUUGAAAUACCUCUAGCUCCUGCCUUACAGCUGAUAUAAAAGAAACUUCAAGAAAAAAAAACUUUAUUCUCAAGACAUUUUUGUGAAAACAGUUGGUUGUUUUUCCUUCCUGGAUUGGCCUAAAGAUUUAACCUGCCUUGAGGAAAAGACAAUUUUUGAAAGCAAUAUGUUUUGGUCCUAAUACGAUAUGUACUCAUGCUCACUUAAGCACGGAAACCUUUGAUGCUAAAGAUCUGUGGUUGAGAUCUGCUACAAAAGAGACUUGGAUUCAAUAGAGAAUGUGACAUUAGGUUUGUCAUGCAAGUGCCUGCUGAUGAAGGCUGGUAGUAAGCAUUAUGUAAUAUUAACUGAGUGAUGAUGGCCUUGUAAGACUGUGAUGGCUAUAGAUAGAAAUCGAUACCUGAAAGUGCAUAAAGUCUGUUUAUAGUUACUUACUUUCUAGUUCUAGUACACAAGUCAACUCUAGAAGCUACCUCCCAAUAUAGGAGUGUUUAUGAAAAGAAAAUAAAAAAAUAGCCUUAAGUGUAUGAUAUAACCUAUUGAGAAAAACAUGACAUCUCAGAUUACACAGAUAGAUCCUGAAGUGAUAAAAGGUGGUUCAAAUAUCAAUGAAACUGAUCAAGUAAAUGCAAGUGACUCCAAGGACUGGCAGGAAAAGGGCCGACCUGAAGAAUGUGUACUCAAAGUAACACGCAAAGUUGGCAGACCCGCUAAGAACAAGACUGCCUUAGACAAACAGUAUUCUAAUCAGGACAGCACAAAAUCAACACAGACCCUCCCUCUUGAUCCACUAAAAUCUGAGAAACGUUCAAAAAAUCAUGGAUUAAAAACUGACAGCACUGACUUGAGAAGGUAUAGUCGAGCGUGUAAAGACAAGAAGGACGGCAAUUCUCCGAAUGAGCUGCGCAGGACGAAACGUCAACAAACCAACUCAACAAAGCCUCUGUCUCAGUCAAAGAAGGCUAAGUCGAUUCCUUCACAUCACAAAUCAGCCUACAAUCAACCUGUUCACACUCAGCAGGGCAUGGGAAGGAAACGGCAAGCUUUAAGCAUUAAUGUGAAGGAAGGGAGUCCACAGGUUUCCUCAAACGUGCCUGACUCGCCUUCCCUGGAUGUUAAGCCUCUGAAAAUUGAACCCAAUGAGUCACUAGGAAGAGGUAAGCUAAGUAAACUAAGAAUAUACAGUAAUCAAGGACGUAAAGCAGUCAGGCCAAUUAACCAGUCAAAAUUACAGAGCAAGUUGGUUACAAAGCCAGCUAGAAUGGAAAAAAACAGAGCUCAACAAAAACUGAAUUCACGCCUUAAAACUAGGGCAAGGGGGUCACUACGGACUGAAGUGAGUAAGAAUGCUACCUCACCAGGCAAUUCAAGGACCUGUAAACCUGGAAAGCCUACACAUACCAACAUUGCUCUGGAUGUGAAGCCUGAAAAAGAUGACACAAAUUCCAUAGCCUGCACAUCUGAGACCAUCAAGGAGGAGGUUUCAUUUAAUACCCUAUGUGAGAUUAAAUUUAAAAAGCCUCGAAAAAUAGACAAACGGAGUAAAAGAUUUCGAAGGAUGAAGGCAGAGGCAUUGCUUAACUCAGAGAAAGCCUCUAGUACUGUGGGAAACACAGAAGAUGAGAAAAGUGGAUCCUUAAGCCCCAUGUUGGAUGAUCAAAAUAUUGACAUGUCUGUGAGCAGUGUUAAAGAGGAAGGCCAUCUGACGUCGGAACAAAAAACGACAAAUGCAUUUACAAAAUUGCCUUCCCAGCCCACUGGCUCUAAGCGCAAAUAUCGGAAGAAGCGCACAUGGUGGAAAGAUAAAAGGAGAGGACAAUUAAGACCUACAGGGAGACGAGACAUGAAAAAACUUCCCAGUGUGGAGACCAUCCAUAAUAUUGAGUCUGUUUCAUUACACAGCCAAUCUCAUGUACAUAGUGAUAAAACACAGCUGGCUACAAGUUUUGAAUAUGCUCUCCAGGGCAGUGUUGAACCUCAGGCAGCAUCUUGCCCUAAACAAGUGAUUGACAGUGAAAAUGAUGAAAGGGAUGCUCCUAUAAAAUCACAUUUGGGAAACAAAAAUGACAGAGUCAAUGAAGGAAAUUCAGAUGUAGAGAAAUCCGACCCAUUGGGACAGAGUGAUGGUGAGAUGGAAUUGGAUGGGUCGGAGAUAGAAGUUUCUAAAGCGUUGAGUCUGCCCAAUCCAGACCUCUCUGCACCACCAGAAAUAGACAUGACGGAUGUUUCAUCUCUUGUGACUCCAGUAGUGGUAGACUUUGAUGUGCUAGAUGAAACAACUGAACAGAGUAAUGUGAAAUCUGACGAAUACCCUACCCAUAACAGCUCCGCAAUGACCAGGUCCAAUUCUGUUCCUUACAAUCAGUCUGGCGGCCAACCCACCAGAGGCGGCCGUAGGCGCCGGGGAGGAGGCCCUAUGAAAUGUGAGUUUUGUGGCCGUGUUUUUAUCCACAUGUCUGCCUAUGUCAUCCACGUGCGGAUUCAUACUGGCGAGAAACCACAUGCUUGCAACGUAUGCGGCAAGGCGUUCGCUCAAAGGUCCAACCUUAAUGCUCACAUGAGGGUCCACCAAGGGGUGAGGAGGAUCCAAUGCUGCGGUGUCCAGUUCGCCAGUUUGACUUCAUUCCGCCAGCACCGCAAAACCCAUGGGGACGAGGUGAGCAGAGCAGAUGAGCACUUGAGCGGUUCUGAAGACUCGCCAGGCAGCCGGGGUACAGGGAACCUCUGCCCUUGUCCCAUUUGUGGCAAAAACUUCCGCUAUCGCUCCAUGCUGAAGACUCAUAUGCGAGUCCACAGUGGUGAGAAACCCUUUUCUUGCAAAGUUUGCGGCAAGUCUUUUUCUCAAGCCACCACAGUCCGUGUCCACGAGAGGAUACAUUGGUCAGUCAAGCCUUACGUCUGCCCCAAGUGUGGCCGAGGGUUUUCCCAACUAGGAACUCUCAAGGUCCAUGCUUGCAAAGCCCAAGUUGAUGCUCCCGUCGCCGCAACUAUAGCUUAUCGUUGCCAUCUGUGCCACAAAUACUUUAACGAUAAACAUAUGUAUGAGCUUCAUGUGCAGUCCCACACUGACACUCAGCGGUACGGCUGCAAAUCUUGUGGCGAGAGAUUCAGCCUUCGGUCUGAGCUUGUCACCCAUCGUUACUAUUGUUCUCAAAUUAAGACUACAGACCUUAGACCCCCAUCUCCUUACUCUCCCCCACCAAGCCCCUCUCCCCCACCAAGCCCCUCUCCCCCACAAAGUCCCAUGUGUCCGCAAACAGAGCGCCCUCUGAAAUUACGCCAACUCACAAACAUGCAAACAGCUUCUGCCGUACUGAAAGCAAAAAUGCAGGCAAACACAACGCAAGAACAAGACGCUAACCACAAAAAACAACUGCCUUUGCUGACAUGUCCCGUUAAGCUAAUGACCAACAUGAUUGAUGAUGAGUGCUUGAAUGCGGAAAAGCCGUCGGUCAUCACUCCAAUCAUAUCCCAAUUGAAUAAUCUGGACCAGAAGUCAGACCCAAGAAAGUAUUUCUGCCCACGCUGUGGUCGAAUGUUCAGGCACGUGAUGAAGCUGCGAGCCCACAUGCUCACCCAUUCUCAAAGUGAGGGGUACACCUGUGGGUGUGGUAAGACGCUGCAAACCUGGAGACAGUUCUGGCAGCACCAGCGUGUACACAGGCAGAAAAAGGGCCGCUUUUUUUGCCCCACGUGUUCUCGGGGCUUUCGGUUCGCAAGUUCAUACCGAGACCACCUGCGAGAACAUCCCGAGCUGAAUGCGUUUGCAUGCUCUCUCUGCCCGCUUGCCUUCUCCAAUUCCGAUGGCCUUAGGGCUCACCAGCGUGAUUGGCACAGAAAGACACUACCCUACAUUUGCGACAUUUGUGGGAGGGGGUUUAGCAGCCAGAGGAUGCUGGGCCGACACACCGUUUCACACCAGGCAGUUAACCGGACGUGUUUGAAAGAAAAAGAGGCAGAGGAGGAGCCAGAUGUGAUGCCUUAUCAGUGUGCAAAGUGCGACCUUACCUUCAAGACUGUUGAUCUGCUUUUCCAGCACCAGCUGUCCCACUCACUUUCUGAGGACGUUCUGUCCGGGAGCUCAGGAGAGGCUGGAGGCCAAAAUCAAAGGAACAGAGAGGAACAGCACAACACCACAACCACCAGCCCUUGCCUAAAUACUGACACUCCAGUCCCCCUGCCACAGACGAGCAGCUCGCUAGGCAGACGUUCUGUACGUAUGGGAAAGCCUCCAGGAGUACGCAGCAUCUGUUGGACACCAUCCCUGCCCGAGACCAGGAUGGACAGAUUUUGCGCGGAAGCAGGGGAUUCGGAGUUGGACCGUCUAAGGCUAAAUGUUAAGGAUGAAGAGGAGGCAAGUAUAGCCAAAGAUCCUCAUUGGUCAUCUUUGACGAUCAUCAAGCAAGAGAAUUAUGAGGACGUGGGCAGAGGCUCUCAUGAUGCAGGACCAGAUGCUCAUAUCAUUAAAGGAAGCCCAGACUGUCCUAGUGGAGUUAGGAGGAAGUGCAAGAGAAAGAGGACACAAGAGCAGGAGGAAGGAGCCAGCGGGCCCAGCACUGUAGUGGACACGGAGGACCCAUUCGGAGAAUGGAAAUGCCCCCUGUGCCAGCACACCUUCAGCUCCUCCUGGCAGCUAACGGGCCACUGCUGCACGGGCAUUAUGGGCAGCAGCAGUGACGACAAGGCGGGCAACAGGGAGAAGGGGGUGGAAUUCUGUUGCCCCGUGUGUGGCGACCGCUUCCUGCACCGCACGGCGUUCAUCGUGCACGGGCGGAACCACGUGGGCCAAACCAACUACGCGUGCGGAGAGUGCGGCCGCACGCUGAGAACCCUGCAGGAGCUGGCGACUCACCGCCAGCAGCACUCCCGAGUGGCGGCUCGUCGUCGUCGUCGUCGCUGCUGCCCGGAGUUUUGGCGCGGCCGCUGCAAGUGCGCCCUACAGGCAGCUCAUCAAGAGGGUCCAAAGCAUGAAAGCCUCAACUCGGAGCGUAAGGGGAAGGACCCCAAACGACUAGGCAGAACUGAUGUUACUCUUCCUCCCUCUGCACCUCUUGCAGUUCAGGGUCUCCAGUCCCCCCAGUGCCCGCUGUGCUUUGUGACCUACCGCGACAUGAAGACGGCAGAGACACACAUGCGCUUGAAGCACCCGGGCCACUACGAGCAGCAAAUCAGCGGCGACACUAUUUUCGCCUGCAACAUCUGCAACGAGACCUUCCCCUCCUCACACCUGCUGUCGGCACACCAGCGUAGUCACACUGAAUGGGUACAGCAGACCAAAGCAGGUUCUCGGGCUGCCUCAAAGAACCGCAAGCCGCACAGCAUCGCACACCUCACAGCUCAUCGCCGUAAAGUAGAAGAAUGUCUUAAAAAUGGCAGCAUGAGAUGCGUCUCCUGUCACAUUAUUUUCACCGACCCUCGAUCAUGGGAGCGUCACAUGAAGUCUAAUCGACAUGAGCAUAACCUAUCCACUGAGACUGCCACAUGGACUCCUGCAGCCCCUUCGACAGAAGCACCGGGUUCAGCUGUCUGACCUAGGGAGAGAUACAUCCUGGAAAGCUCUCUCACCAAACUCUGUGAUUAAGCACACACACCAACUGAUAAAGCUAACAACAUAGACAAUUAUUUGUUAAUAAACUAUUAUUCUACAGUUUCGCAUUACAGUUUUGAAAGAGCAUUGACACUACUGACAUUUUUUUAAAUACAACACAUUGUACUACAUUACACACAAGUAGCCUACAUUAAAGAAAUAUGUUCAAUUAUAUGUAUACAGAAUACAUUGAUUUAUUCCUAUUACUCAAAGUACAUUCUAUUUACAAAUGGGUGCACUUUUGCUCAGCAAUUAUUGUAUUCUUUAAUAGAUUCACAGAAUAAAUGGUAUGCUGUAGUCAGGUCUUGUUUUUAUUCAUAUUACAUGGCCAUGGUUUCAGCGAUCCAGGAGUUAUAGUUGCAAACCCUGGUGUAGACUCCAGGCUUGUCCUUAAGAGCACAACUAUAACCCCAGGAUACCACCCCCUGCAGCUUCUCAUCACACACCACAGGGCCACCAGAAUCACCCUGAGAGGGCCAGAAAAGACAAUAAAAAGAGUUCAAAGAAAAAGUCUCUGGCUGAACAAGAGGUAUUCGGGCCAAUCGAAUUGUUUGAGCGUGCUUAGUAAGAGGAUGGACAGAUGGGCAACAGUGCCUAGUCAUUCACGUCACCUGAGUGUGCUUGAGUUGAUUUUGUUUACAAUGAAAAAGCUGUCGUUAGAUUAGCGAGAUGUUUAGAUUUCACUAUGGCAAAAAACUGUGAUUAACGCAUUGUUCUAGAAGAUGGAUGGUUUUGCCUGUUCUCUCAAUAGGAUUUACAUACUGUAUUUCACUGCUUUAUUGGCAAGGUCUAGAUCAGUGGUUUUCAAACUUUUUCUGUCAUUCCCCACUUUGGAGGUUGGGAAUUUUCAAGCCCCACCUGACCCUAUCAACCUGGCAAAAUGGCAGGCCUAACAUUAAAAUAUUUUUUUU